AAACCCCGGCUCGCUCAGUCGCUCGACUCGGCCCCGCUCGCCUCUGCUCACCGGCGACGGAGGACGCCGAGGAGGCUCUCCGCUGCCGACUCCAUUUCUGCGAGACCUUUCGCCGCGUGUGCCUGCACCCGCGAGUCGCCAGCCGCGGUCUGCUUUUCCGAGUCCCGACUCCCGAGCUCCUGCCGCCAAACUUCUGACGGGUGUCGGUGAUCUCGGGACUCGGGGUCGGCCUUCGACGGAGAACUGAGGGAGGUCUCCGCCGACGCAAUGAGCGCCUCUGCGACCCCGACCCCCGCAGCGGGCAGGCGAUUCUUCACGGGCUUCACCAGGCUGUGCAAGGGCCUCGCCGUCAUCCUCUUCCUCGCCCACAUUUUGGUCCACCUCUUCCCUUCAGCCGCCACCUAUCUCACGCUGAUACCAGCCAGGACAAUCCCUUUUGCUUGGAACCUGGUUACCGCUGGUUAUAUUGAGCAAACAAUUCCAGGGGUGAUAGUGAGCAUAGUUGGUCUUCUUCUAUUUGGGAAGGUGUUGGAGCCUUUAUGGGGAGCUAAGGAGUUGCUCAAGUUUAUUUUUAUUGUUAAUCUCUCAACUUCAGCUUGUGUCUUCGUAACUACUAUUGUGCUGUACUACAUAACACAGGAGGAGAGCUACCUUUACACACCCGUUUCUGGGUUUUAUGGAGUUCUUUCAGGACUACUCGUGGGCAUCAAGCAAAUUUUACCCGAUCAGGAGCUUAACCUUCUUGUGCUUAAGAUUAGUGCAAAGUGGAUUCCAUCUAUUGUUGCAUUUAUCUCAGUUGCUGUAAGCUUCUUCAUAAAGGAAUCAAUGUCAUACCUUCCCAUCAUAUUGUUUGGCAUCUACAUGAGCUGGAUUUACCUGCGUUACUUCCAAAGGAGAUUAGAAGUAGGCCUUAAAGGGGAUCCAAGUGAUGAAUUCUCAUUUUCAAGCUUCUUCCCUGGAUUUUUAAGGCCAAUUUUGGACCCUAUUGCUUCCAUAUUCCACAAACUUUUCUGUGGGCGAUCUGCAAGACCUGAAGGCACAGGCCAGACACUGGAUGGGUCACAGUUCCCUGGUUCAGGCUCCAUUGAGGCAAACAGGAGGAGAGAAAGGGGUCAGAGGGCACUGGAGCAGAGACUGGCAGAGAAGCUGGCCGCGGUCAGGAAUGCGGAGGGCACGCCUCCGCCGAAGCAGCAGCGGGAGGACGCGGAGGAUGAUGCUUCUGAUAAAGUCUGAACCCUCAUGUUCUCAGCUGGUGGAAUUCGCUGCCAUGGGAGGAGAUCCUUCUGUCAACUUUUCCUUGUAUUUUUGCGCGUGCCGUCGCGUGAGCGAGACAAAGAGUAUAGUGAAGUAGCAGCUCAUGGCAUGGCGAUUGUGACAAAAGAGUGCAACCGUGCAAGAAGGCAAGUGCGACACGCAGUCUCGAACCAAUUAGACAGCGAGUAGUUUUUUUUCUUUUUUUUUUGGUAUGGGUGUUUCGUGUCGUGCUCAGUAGUCAAACCCUUGCCAAAUACUCCUACUUUACGUUGUUUCAUGUGCGAUCUGACCGAAAUGCUACGCUGCUACCCGCCAAACCUGCCUUAUCUAAGGCCUUGUUUAGUUCGGGGAAGGAAAAAAAUUUUGCGACACUCUAGUACUUU